UGGCGCUCAACGGGAACGCCAGUAGUUACAACAUGUUUUAAUAACACUGCCACGCAUAAAUAAAUUGUGUUUCAAAGUGUUGCAAGUUAAAGACAAUAUAAUGUUGUCGCCAACUUUGUUGCUGAUCCUGCUCAGUUGUGUGGCAUUUUCGCAGGCUGUCUAUGAGGACUGCCUGACACCGCCGCCAGUGGAUCAUGGACGCGCCGAAUUGCGUCAGGAUAAUGAACACACCAAUACAGCUAUAUACAGCUGCAAGUCCGGCUAUGUGCUAAAGGGUGCAAAGAAGUUGCGCUGCAAUGUGGACACCGAGGAGUGGCAGGGCGAGCCGCCCAGCUGCAUAAGACACAAAGUAUCGCCGCUGAAGAAGAAGCUGCUGGCCAUACCGGAGGAGCCGCUGGUGAACGCUGAGCUGGCACAGCGUCUGGAUUUGAGCUGCAUACAAGCCAAAGUGCAGGCGCCAGACAUUGCCCAUGGUGCUGUGGACAAGUACGAGCGUCGCCGCAAAGGCGACAAGGUGUUCCUGGUGGCCUACUAUGCCUGCAGUGAAAACUAUGACUUUGAGUUCGAGCAGGUGAAUGCGUUGUAUUGUGGCCAAGAGCAGUGGGUGGGUGAAACGCCCAGCUGCGUGCCACGCAAUGAGCUAAGCGAAGCGCUCGACGAUGACGACGAUGAGGAGGAGGAUUACGAUGAAUACGAUACGAUAGAGGACCAUACAACGGGCGAGUUUAUGACAACGACAACGAAGAUGACACCAGUGGAGGUGCCACCACCACCACCGCCGCCAGUGCUGCAGGCAGCAGCAGAAGAGGAGGAAGAAGAACUGGAGCCUGGUCUACUCAUCGAGGAGCCCAUGCAGCCCAAAACGCAAGUGGAAGAAGUUGCCGAGCCCGAUGCUGAGCCCAAGUCAAUGCCCCAGGAAACGCAACCAGCUGAAGCUGAAGCUGAAGUUGAAGCUGCUGCCGAAGCUCAACCCGCCACUGAUAUCAGCAUUGUUGUCGAACCCACGCAGGAUCCCUAUACGCCGCGUGUGCUGGACAGCAACUGUGGUGACGACAAUGGCGGCUGUGAGCAAAUCUGCGAGCGUUUGCUCUUCCCAGGCGAGAACGAGCCACGUCUGAAGUGCAGCUGCCAAACGGGCUACACUUUGGAUCCGCUGACUUACACCAAUUGUCAUGACAUUGACGAAUGCCAGGAAGCAAAUGCAGGCUGCGCACAGAUUUGCAACAAUUUGCCAGGCAGCGUUGAAUGCGCCUGCGAGAAAGGCUACCAGAUCGAUGGCAGCGAUGGCAAAAGCUGCGUGGAUGUGGAUGAGUGCGCACAGCCGGAGGUGGCAGCUGAAUGUGCUGGCGCCUGUGAGAAUACGCCGGGCUCGUAUCGCUGUGUGACGCCGCUGAAUAACAAAGAGACUUCGCGCGAGGAGGUCGAGGAGCAUACGGAUGAGGAGCCUGUUUAUGAAGUUGAAGUGCAGCCAGAGACAACAACAGCAGCAGCAACAAUAACAACUACAACAACAACAACAGCUGCAACUACAGAAGUGCAAACAGAGAUGACAGCUGAGCCGCAGCCAGAGCCAGAGACAGAGCCUGAUAUUCUAAAAUUGUCAAAGGCCGCUCCCUACUGCAACAACGGCUUUGGCUUCUCUGAUGAGCUUAAGGCCUGUGCGGACUUGAAUGAGUGCAAUAUGCAGCUGCAGGAUGGCUCACCGGUUUGCCAGCAUAAGUGCGAGAAUACAAUUGGCAGUUUCCGCUGCAGCUGCCUCGAUGGCUACACGCUGCAGGCUGAUGGGAUGAGCUGCGCCAUUAUGAGCUGCUCGGAUCUGGACAAUCCGCUGCUGGGUUUGCCGCGUUGUGCGCACGCCUGCGAGGAUACAGAGCAGGGCUACAAGUGUCUGUGUCCAGCUGGCUAUAGAUUGGGCGCUGAUGCGCACAGCUGCGAGGUGCUGGAGACUGUCUGCAGUCGCGAGCUGGGCCACGAGCGUUGCCGCCCCGGCAGCUGUGUGGAGGGCAAGGAUAACAGCAGCUUCAGCUGUCUGUGUCCGCCGGGCUACACUAGUGAGGAUGAGAGCUGCCAGGAUGUGGAUGAGUGCGCCUUGAACACGCACAGCUGCAGUCACAGCUGCUUCAAUACCGCAGGCGGCUAUCAGUGCUUGUGCCCACGUGGCAUGAGUCUGCUGGAGCCAGAGGGUCACAUAUGUGUGGCACCCGAUCCUUGCGCGCUCAAUAAUAAUGGCUGCGAGCAGCUGUGCCUCAGCGCUGAGGGCGGCGCCUGCAGCUGCAGCAAAGGAUUUGUGCUGGCGGCGGAUAGAAAGAGCUGCGUGGAUGUGGAUGAGUGCCAGGUGAACAAUGGCAACUGCACGCAGCUCUGUCGCAAUCUACCAGGUUCGCAUAGCUGCAGCUGCGAGCGCGGCUAUGAACUGAACGCUGAUGGUUCGCGCUGCCAGGAUAUAGACGAGUGCUCUGGACUCCUCGCCGGCGGCUGCACGCACGAGUGCAUCAACAAGCCCGGCAGCUAUGAGUGCGGCUGUCCGCUUGGCUAUAUGCUGCAGCAGGACGAGCGCAGCUGCAAGCCUGCGCUGGUGGGUUGUCCGCCAGGCACGCGUCAUACGGAGCUGGGCGGCUGUGAGCCGGUGGAGUGUGCGCCAGGUUUGGUGCAUGGCGCUGAGGGCAACUGCGUGGACAUUGACGAGUGCCAGCUGAACAAUGGCGGCUGCUCGCAUCUCUGUGUGAACGCUGAGGGCUCCUUCAAGUGCAGCUGUCCGGCUGGCUAUGAGCUUGCUGCCAAUGCCAAGGACUGCGAGGAUAUUAACGAGUGCGCCAAAGAUAAUGGCGGCUGUCCCUUUGAGUGCUACAAUGAGCCAGGCGGCUUCAGUUGCAAGACGCCCACUAUAGGUUCAGUUCCCAUACCCACUUCGGUGCCACUGCCCAAGCCACUGCCCAUGCCACUGCCUAAUCCACUGCCCAAUCCACUGCCCGAUGUGCUGCAGGUGCGUGAUCGUUGCCAGCCCUUCCAGGCGCCCACAAAUGGACGCGCUCAUUGCAAUCGUUAUCGCCACAAGCGCAAAUAUUUUUACACCACGCGCUGCAAGAUCAGCUGCAAUGCUGGCUAUGUGCUGGAAGGCUCCGCUACACGCACCUGUGGCGCCUCUGGCAAUUGGGAGGGACUGAGCAAUAGAUGUCAGCCCAUUAGCACUGGACUGAGUUGGUUUGGUGGCAACUCCGCCGGCGUUUUGGGCAGCUUUGGUGGCAAGUGUGCCGCGCUGCCCACACCCAAGCAUGGCGUCAUUUCACCUGCCAGCUGCACGCAGUUGGGCUCUUCAUUUGGCGGCAUCUGUUGGCUGCAGUGCAACAUGGGCUAUGUGCCUGUGGCUGCGACCAGAACAACUUGCGUGAAUGGCCGCUGGUCCUUGGGCAGCGUGCUCGAGUGCAAGCCAACGUUCGACAUUGAUGUGGAGCAGACUGUGCAGCUGCCUUGGCGUAAUCCUUUGACAUCCUUUGCGACGCCAACGCAGCAGCAGCGCGCCUACAUCAAAUGCCCCGAGAAUGUGAUGCUGCUGCUUGCUCCAGGACAAAGCAGAGCGCAUGUUUUUCUACAGAAGCCUGCAACGAAUGUGGACUAUCGCUAUGUGGAGGCGCAUCCGCCUUGGGCCAAGCAACUGCAGGCGCAUCUGCCUGCCGGAGUGCAUAAAAUUGUGUUCAGAGCGCAUGAUCCGCUCAGUCAGCAGACUGUAGCCUGUCAAACCUUGAUUAGCAUUAAGCCUGCUGCGCCAGCUCCUAUAGCCAUGCCCAUGCCCAUGCCUGGCGUUGGUCCGCGUUUCGAGUCGCUGCAAGAGGAGAAGUUCAUGGGCCUUGCUGCCAGCUCGGGCGCCAGCUUCUGUCCUGCUUCAUUUGAGGUGCACUUGAAGCAGCAUCAGCAUAUGCGCUCUGUGCUUUGGAAGGAGCCACGCUUCGAGGGCAAACUGCUCAAGAUGUACAAGUCAUCGUUCCCAGGCGCUUUGUUUGGCUUGGGCGAUCAUGAGAUCAAAUAUGAAGCUACAACUACGGAUGGGCAGCAUCAAAUCUGCAUUUUCCACAUCUAUGUCAAAGCUGCUGAGGCUGAGCCAGUUCUGCCCAAGCUCAACUUUGAGCAGCUAUCCGCACCUGCCAAGCUGAUGCAGCCUAGUCACGAGUCCUAUGUCGUUUGUCCUGGCAAACAGCCUGUCAAAGUGACUGCACAUCAAUCUGUCAACCUGCCUGUGGGUUGCACGCUGAAGAAUGUGCGCUCAUCCUCGCGGCAAUCGCAGCUGAGGCGCGGCCUGCUCACCUCACUCUGGCGUCCAUAUUACUAAAUUAUUAAUUUAUUAUUUAGCGCAAGCGUUUAUGUAAAUUUAAACGCGCGCUGCUUUUUUACACUUUUGAUAU